AUGAACGCUGAAGACGUAGUCGAGACCGAAUCGUCAAUCUCUAGCAUCGCCGAGAAAGGCCCUAAAACAAGCAACCAGCCCGAGCCUCUCGCCGUGGUACCUCACCUUGCUGUCAACGAUGACGAGGAGGUGUGGUUCGUCGACGCUCAGUCGGGCGCUGUAGGCGCUACAUGGAAGCACAGAUUGCCUGCUAUCCUUAUGAUUCUCUUCUUCACGCUCGGAAGCAAUUUUGCUCAGUCGUCGCUCUCCCCGCUCAAAUCCACCAUCAAGAAGCAGAUCCCGUCUGUCACUAAUGCACGUUACGGAACUAUCGCAUCGGCCGAUCACCUAGUCAAUGGCAUCCUGCCACUGUUCUCGGGCAUCAUGGUGGAUUACUACGGCCCUAGCAUCACCUCUCUUUUCUCGUCGACUGCUAUCUUCAUAGGAACUAUCAUCCGAGCCGUAGGAGGACAGCGUCGCAGUUUUGGUACGAUCCUCGCCGGUCAAAUCAUCUUUGGUCUUGGCAGCACCACCAUCGAAACCAGCCAAUCGAAGCUCUACACUCACUGGUGCAGAGAUGGCACAGCUGUCGGCCAGGGCCACCUAGACGAUACCGAAGCCAAGCGGGCCGAAAAGUCGAACAAGUGGCACGGUGCCCUGUCGAGUGCCGGCUGGCUCGGUUUCGUCUACGGCCUUGACAUUGCCAUGGGUCGCGUGUUCAACGUGAUGGGCAAGAUGAGCUCGGUACCCGUGGCAGAAGCGACCGGCAAAUGGUACUGGUCUUUCUGGCUCUCUGCCAUCCUCUGCGGUAUCACGCUUAUCCUGAAUGCUGCCUACGUCGCAUUCGAGCGCACUCUGCCCAAGAAGAUGCAUGUGGUGACAGGGCGACAGCUCGCAGCGCAAGCAGCAUCGACAUUUACUGCGUCGUCUUCGAACAACAACUCUUCCGCCAGCAUUGCCGCGAAGCAGAAGCCUGAGAGGACGGUGCUUCGACCGUUCUCGCAGCGCUGCUGGCAGGUACUGACGCUGAGCAUAGGUGCGAUCCCCGCGUCGUUCUGGCUGAUCACCAUGACACAGGUGCUGCAGGCGGGCACUGUCAACACAUACACCUCCAAUCUGGCAGAGGUGGUAGAGAUCACUCGCGGCAAGACGGCGCUCAUGGCAGGCUACGCAUCGUCGGUAGGACAAGUGCCACCGAUCGUCCUGACACCCCUCCUCGGAAUCUUGCUGGACCUGUUCGGCCGACGAAUGUACUACGUCGCAGGAUGUGCGGCUUUGUGGGUGGUCGUCUUUUCGCUGCUUGCCUUCUCCACGGUCAACGCUUACCUUCCGGUGGUGCUCGGAAGCAUCGCGCUCUCAUUCAACGUGCUUCCGUUCAUCGCUUCGAUUCCAUUACUCGUCCCCAAUCAAGCCUCGAUCGGCACGGCUUUCGGGGUGUGGAAGUGCUUCAAUUCGGCUGGUUCGGUGACCAUGGACGUUGCUUUCGGUGCGAUUCAGGACCUCACACCGAGAGGCAAAACCCAGUUCCGAAACGCGUUCGCUUUCCUGAUCGCGCUCAAGGCCAUAGAUGUGGUUUAUGGUCUUUUGUACCACGUGAUCGACAAGCGCUACUUUGGUGGCGUUCUGAAGCUGAACGAACGCCAACUCAAGCAUAAGAGGGAGACGGAAUCCGAGCAAGAGAGGCAAGAGGCGCUUCGAAAGCCGAUCAAGAACUGGACAGCUGCUGGUUGCGGUUUGCUCAUCGCGAUUGUCGUCACCGGAUAUGUGUUGUACAUCACCUACUCGAUCGGCACUUGA